AUGGUGGAGUGGCCCUUCUCUCGGUUCCUGUUCAUCCAAGAGCCAGCUUCUGCUGUGGCCUCUCUCCUCAAUGGCCUGGCCAGCCUGGUGAUGCUCUGCCGCUACCGCACAUCCGUGCCAGCCUCCUCCCCCAUGUACCACACCUGCGUGGCCUUUGCCUGGGUGUCUCUCAAUGCGUGGUUCUGGUCCACGGUCUUCCACACCAGGGACACUGAUCUCACAGAGAAGAUGGACUACUUCUGUGCCUCUGCUGUCAUCCUGCACUCUAUCUACCUGUGCUGUGUCAGGACCGUGGGGCUGCAGCACCCGUCUGUGGCCAGUGCCUUCCGCGCCCUCCUGCUGCUGCUGCUGACCGCACACGUCUCCUACUUGAGCCUCAUCCACUUUGACUAUGGCUACAACUUGGUGGUCAACGUGGCAAUUGGUGUGGUGAACAUGGUAUGGUGGCUGGCCUGGUGCCUGUGGAACCGCCGGCAGCUGCCUCAUGUCCACAAGUGCAUGGUGGUGGUUUUGCUGCUGCAGGGGCUGUCCCUGCUUGAACUACUUGACUUCCCACCCUUCUUCUGGGUCCUGGAUGCCCAUGCCAUCUGGCACAUCAGCACCAUCCCUGUCUACAUCCUCUUUUUCAGCUUUCUGGAAGAUGACAGCCUAUACCUGCUGAGAGAAUCAGAAGACAAGUUCAAGCUGGAUUGAAGACCCUAGGAGCAGAUCUUCCCUUCCUGCCAGCUCCCCCCUCCUCCCUCCCUCAUGAAAUGACUUAUUUUCUCCUUUUAGCUUUUUGAACUCAUGAUAGAGGUGGGCUG